AUGGGUAAAGCUAAGAAAGUUCGCGUGUCGAAGGCCCCAGGCGAAGAGGGAGACAGAGGUCAGUCAUUAGCAGAUCAGAUAUUAGAUGAUAAAUCAAUCAGACAGACAGGCCGAAUAAAAGUUCGGACGAGGAAAGAAGAUGACGACGAGUUUGUUGAUGAUAAAUUAUCCAGAAAAAUUCUACAGCAAGCUCGGAAACAACAAGAAGAAUUGGAAGAUGAGCAUGGAGUGAAAAAAAAAAUUACAAACAAGAAGACAGUAUCCUUGGACACCUCUGGAGCAGUGGGCGGAGCCUCCACAAGGAGGCCACUAUCACAUGGGUCUGAUGAUGAAGACGAGGAGGAAGGCUCUGACAGUGAGGAAUGUUAUGAAACAAUUGAGGUUGAUGAAGAUGACGAAGCUGCUCUUCAGAUGUUUAUGUCAAAAGAGCCACAAACACGAAGAACUCUGGCAGACAUCAUACAGGAGAAGAUUACAGAGAAACAAACAGAGAUCCGUACACAAAUGUCAGACAAUGCCAGUGUCCAGAUGCAGGAACUUGACGAGCGUAUUGUGAACAUGUACAAGAGUAUUAAGCAAGUCUUACAGAGAUACAGGAGUGGAAAGCUCCCAAAAGCCUUCAAAAUUGUCCCUAACCUUCGCAACUGGGAGCAGAUCUUGUACCUAACAGAACCAGACAGCUGGUCAGCGGCAGCAAUGUACCAGGCAACUCGAAUAUUUGUAUCCAAUCUCAAUGUCAAGAUGGCGCAAAGAUUUUUCAACCUUGUUUUAUACCCAAGAAUACGUGAUGAUGUUGCAGAAUACAAAAGAUUGAAUUUUCAUUUAUAUAUGGCAAUAAAAAAGUCACUUUUCAAGCCAGCUGCGUUUUUCAAAGGAAUCCUUCUACCACUAUGUGAGGCAGGUGAUUGUACUCUUCGAGAAGCAGUUAUCAUUUCGAGUAUUCUGGCCAAGAACUCUAUACCCAUGCUGCAUUCGGCGGCAGCCAUCUUGAAAAUAGCAGAGAUGGACUACAAUGGUGCUAACAGUAUAUUUCUGCGUUCCCUCCUGGACAAGAAGUAUGCUUUACCUUACAGAGUUGUGGAUGCUGUUGUAUUUCAUUUUCUGAGAUUUACAUCAGACAAGAGAGAGUUACCAGUAUUAUGGCAUCAAUGUCUUCUAACAUUUGCACAGCGAUACAAGGAGGACAUUUCUAGUGAACAGAAGGAAAGUCUUCUGGAACUGUUACGUGUACACUCGCAUGGUUUGAUCACACCUGAGAUACGGAGAGAACUGCAACACUCCAAGUGUCGUGACAAGGAGGUUGGGGAGGGGGGAGAACCUAUGGCCUCGGGUACGAGUUUCAGUGACCAGGAGGGGGGAGAGAUGAUUCUCAGUGAUUCAGAUUGAGGCGUCGGAAAGUUUAUUUAAAAGUUAAAAAUCUUUUUAAUCAUUAGAAUCCGUCAUUGAAAUGGAUGUAAUUUUAGUCCGGUUAUGAUUUUUCAUCGUUUUAGUUUUACAAUAUGCAAGGUUUUAUCUGUUUUGAAUUCAUUGUCACCUCCUACAAUACACCAGACAGAACAAAUAAAUUAAUCUGAUAGUCAGGAUCAGUAUCAGACUGCCUAAUGAAUUUUUGAGGUGAUCUUCAGUAAAAACCAGGUGUGUUGGAAGCAUAUGCUCAAUAUUGGUUAUACCAUCUUCAAGAAAAUUUUAAUUAAGAUUCUAAUUCAAAGUCAAAUGGCCGUAACUUUGGAAGGAGUAAACUGACCAUAACUUACACAUACCAAACCAGAACUUGACCUGGAUGUUAUUGUAACUACAAACCAAUGUACCCCUCUGUUUCUGUUUUUGUUUAAGAGUACAUGAAAAAAGAUUUAGACAGAAUGAAGGAUAAGAAAUAUGUACAUAUGUAUAUCAUUACAUAUAAAGGUUGUUUGGUGUUUAAGAUGAAUACAUUUACAGUGUAUAAACUUCAAGUUAAGAUAAAUCAUAACUAAAGCAAUUGUCACAGUUAUAGUUUCUAAAAAAAAAUAUAUAUAAACUUUAUUUAUAUUACAACCAUUGCAAAACAAGUUAUUUCAACUUACACUAAUCACUUGUGUUUGCCCAGAUGUAAGCACGCGAGGGGUCUUAUUGUGGGAGGAAACUGGAGUACCCGGGGAAAACCCAUGUGGUUGGGCAGGUGACCUUUACCUUGUCAAGUCUGUUCGAGGUGUCGAACCAUGGACGGCUAAGUGAAAGAUGAGUGUGUUACAACACUGAAUUAAUGUAUACAUUGUUGACCUGUAUCAGUAAAUAUGGUCACACAACACUGAUAUAAUGUAUACAGGUCAGUGUUGUUGACCUGUAUCAGUAAAUAUGGUCACACAACACUGAUAUAAUGUACACAAGUCAGUGUUGUUGACUUGUAUCAGUAAAUAUGGUCACACAACACUGAUAUAAUGUAUACAAGUCAGUAUUGUGACCUUUUAUCAGUAAAUAUGGUCACACAACACUGAUAUAAUGUAUACAGGUCAGUGUUGUUGACUUGUAUCAGUAAAUAUGGUCACACAACACUGAUAUAAUGUAUACAAGUCAGUGUUGUUGACCUGUAUCAGUAAAUAUGGUCACACAACACUGAUAUAAUGUAUACAUUGUUGACUUGUAUCAGUAAAUAUGGUCACACAACACUGAUAUAAUGUACACCAGUCAGUGUUGUUGACCUGUAUCAGUAAAUAUGGUCACACAACACUGAUAUAAUGUAUACAAGUCAGUGUUGUUGACUUGUAUCAGUAAAUAUGGUCACACAACACUGAUAUAAUG